UAAGUUGAAUACCUUUGCUCCCUCAGAUGUUCUGCUUCAUCAGAACUUCAAAGAAAUUGUCCUUCUACUGAGCGAGUGAGUGGGGGAGAGGAAAUCGGAAAUGGCAAGCUUCCUAAGUAUCUCAGUUCCGACACACUCCUCAUCUGCUCACUUCCUCUCUUCUCCGCGUAUUCCCAUGUCACACUUCAAGAGGAUGGUGAUUUUACCUGUAAAAUGUUUAUCAGGAGGACCAACUCAGAAUAAUACAGACUCAGAAGUUGAAUCAACACCACCAUCUUCUUCUUUUCUUACUCAGAAGAAGGAGAGUAUUAGUAGUUCUACAUACAAUUUGUGUGCUGCUAUUGGAUCUUUAGGGUUUUUGGAAACUGGGUACUUGACUUAUCUUAAAGUGACGGGUUCUGAUGCUUUUUGCCCUAUUGGAGGUGGAAAUUGUGGAGAUAUACUUAAUAGUGAUUAUGCUGCAGUUUUCGGUGUUCCUCUUCCGCUAGUUGGUAUGUUCGCGUACGGAUUAGUUGCAACCCUUGGUGUACAAUUGGGUCGUCAGAAUUCAAUCUUUGGACUAGGCGAAACUGAUGGUCGCAUGAUUUUGACGGCGACUGUUACUUCAAUGGCAACAGCUAGUGCUUAUUUUCUGUACAUUUUGAGCACACAGUUUUCUGGAUCAGCCUGCUCAUACUGUUUGUUAUCAGCUGCCUUGUCUUCCACCUUAUUUAUCGCAAUUAUAAGGGAUUUGGGAUGGCAAGAGAUACAGAAGUCGGUGGGUCUGCAAAUAUGUGUUGCUGGCUUAGUAGUUGCUGCUUUAAAUACUUCAUACAAGACUAUUGCACCUAUGUCAAACAGCAUGGCUGACAUUAAUCUGCCAUAUUAUCAAACUGAGAUAACGACAAAAUCAACUCCGUAUGGCAUUUCUCUUGCAAAGCAUCUGCGUUCUAUAGGAGCUAAAAUGUAUGGAGCUUUCUGGUGUUCACAUUGUUUAGAACAGAAGGAGAUGUUUGGACAAGAAGGUGCAAAAAUACUGAACUAUGUAGAAUGCUUUCCAAAUGGCUUCAUGAAAGGGACCAAUAUGGCCUUGGAAUGUGCAGUUGCUCGCCUAGAAGGUUUCCCGUCUUGGGAGAUCAACGGAAAGAUUUUAAGUGGAGAAAAAACUUUUUCAGAGCUUGCAGAAUUAUCAGGUUUCGCAAGCGAGGAUUUUAGUCCAUCCUAAUGAGAUUUUGGCGGAGCAAAGUUAUCCUGCAGACCUACUGUACAGCUCUCAAUCAUUCUACGCCAAUUCCCUCGCAGAUUCUUAAUGUUCUGUUUCUUGGGCCAGUGUCCUCGCAAAUUAAAUUCUAUGUACACACAUCAAAGAGGCAAAAGCGAUUACUCUGUGCUUUACCUUUCUCUAGGUACUCUAUAUGUUAGCUGAUAUAGAUCCGUGUAUUCAUUGGCAACAGCCAACAAGUUGUUCUUGUAAAAAGCUUUUAAAUAAGUCCUUUUAUGGUCAAGAAGAAUGAAUGUAUCCUUCAGUCAGUUUCGAGUUAGUUCCGCAAUUCAAAUUUAUGGUAAAUACAAAUGCAUGUCA